AUGGCCCGCCGCAACCCCCUGCUGUUUGCGAUGGUGGCAACCGUCCUGUUCGCGCUGUGCUACUGUUCUACUGUCAUCGCCCGCACACUCCACGGUAUCGACGACGAGGUCGCCUCGGCGCACUUCAUGCACUUCAAGAAGCAGCACGGCAAGUCCUUCGGCGAGGAAGCCGUGGAGGGUCACCGCUUCAACGCCUUCAAGGAGAACAUGCAGACAGCCGUCUACCUCAACGCACAGAACCCGCACGCGCACUACGACGUAUCUGGCAAGUUUGCGGCCCUCACCCCGCAGGAAUUUGCCAAGCAGUACCUGAACCCCGACUACUACACACGUCAGCUCAAGGCUCACAAGGAGCGCGCGCACGUCUACGAGGGUGUACGCGGUGGUCUGUCGGCGGUGGACUGGCGUGAGAAGGGUGCCGUGACGGAGGUGAAGGAUCAAGGUCUCUGCGGCUCGUGCUGGGCCUUCUCCGCCAUUGGCAACAUCGAAGGCCAGUGGGCCUUGUCCGGCAACACCCUGGUGUCGCUGUCGGAGCAGAUGCUUGUGUCGUGCGACACCGUCGAUAUGGGGUGCAACGGCGGGCUGAUGGACCAGGCUUGGGCAUGGAUCAUCAAGAAUCACAGCGGCGCGGUGUACACAGAGGUCAGCUACCCCUACACCUCUGGCGACGGCAGCACGGCGUCGUGCUUGAGCACCGGCAAGGUUGGCGCCAGGAUCAGUGGUCAAGUCUCUCUCCCGCAGGAUGAGGAUGCGAUCGAAGCGUGGCUGGAGAAGAACGGUCCCAUCUCCAUCGCCGUCGACGCGACCACCUGGCAGUUGUACUUCGGUGGUGUGGUCUCGAACUGCUUCGCGUAUAACCUCAAUCACGGUGUACUCCUUGUCGGCUAUAACAACAGCGCAAACCCACCGUACUGGAUUGUGAAGAACUCUUGGGGAACCUCGUGGGGUGAGCAUGGGUACAUCCGCCUUGCCAAGGGCUCUAACCAGUGCAUGAUGAAGGAUUACGCCAUGUCGGCCACGGUUGGCGGCACCACAACUUCGCGCGCGCCGACGACGACCGAGGCGCCGAAGCCAAGCGAGACGGUGCUUGUGCAGAAGAAGUGCUUAUUGAAUGGCUGCUCGCGGCUGUGCACAAGCACAACGUAUCCGACCGGUGUGUGCCUGCGCCGCAGGGGUGGCGGCUCUGUCAUGGUGACUUGCCAGGAGGAGGAGGUGGUGGAGCUCAUCUUCAGGUCGUCGAGUUGCUCUGGGAACUCGCAGGAGACCCGCAUGCCGCUGAACCAAUGUAUGCCAAGCUACAUGGGCUACUUCCAGAACAUCUGCGCUUCGUCCGUCGGUGCGGGGAGCACGAGCGACCCCAUCUCGGACUUGUCCAGGCCACUGCUCCUUGGCCAGCCAGGUGUCCCAGCCGCGACCCAUGAGGGGAUCAUCCAGCACUAG